GUUCCUUGCAUGCACUUGAACAUGGACAAUGAAAUUCAAAGCUUCUUCAAGGUAUGUAUCUCAUCAAUGGCGGCUCUCUGUUACUGUUACUUCCUAGUCUCACGUUUACAUAACCCUCUUACUAAACUUUUCUUUCUCCUCCCCAUCUUCUACCUUUUCACCAUUCUCCCUUUAACCCUUCAUUCCUUCCAUCUCAACGGACCCAUGACCUUUAACCUAACAUGGCUAGGAAACUUCAAAUUACUCCUCUUCGCCUUCAAUCAACCUCCCCUGUUUCAUCUCUCUCCUCCAAAUCCCAACAAAUCACUCCUCCAUUUCAUCUCCGUCGGCCUUCUACCCAUCAAAAUCGAAGACCCUUUUCAAAGAUCGAAAAACCCAUCAAAGGUUGAAUCGAUUUUUAAGAAAUGGGCUGAUUUAUCAAUCAAGUUUCUUCUUUUCUCAGCUGUAAUCGAAGCUUAUAAAUACAGGCCAUAUCUACAUCCACAUGUAUCACUCUGUAUCUAUUGCUUACAUUUAUACUUCGGCAUCCAGCUGACGUUAGCCCUAACCGCCGUCCCGGUGAUGAUGAUUCUAGGGAAUGAUCUCCAGCCUCAAUUCAACCAGCCUUAUAAGUCUACAUCUUUACAAGAUUUUUGGGGUCGUCGUUGGAAUUUAGUAGUCACCGGAAUUCUCCGGCCAACCGUGUAUAUUCCGGUUAGAAGAUAUACAAGCCGUUUUAUUGGUCGGAAAUGGGCGACGGCGACGGCGGUUUUCGCGACGUUUUUGGUGUCGGGAUUAAUGCAUGAGGUUAUGAACUAUAAUUUUUCAAGGGCGCCGCCUACGUGGGAAAUGACGUGGUUUUUUGUUCUUCAUGGAAUUUGUACGGAGGUGGAGGUGGAGGUGAAGAAGGUGGUUGCCGGGAGGUGGAGGUUGCCGGAGUUGGUGUCCGGGAUGAUGACGUGUCUGUUUUUGGCUGUGACGGGGAAUUGGUUGUUCUUCCCGCAGAUGUUGAGAAAUGGCGUUGAUAAUAAGGCUCUUGAAGAAUAUCCUGUUAUGGUUAAUUUUGUUAAGGAUAAAAUUCAGUUUUUACUUUCAUUUAUUUGUUUUUGGUAAAAAAAAUUAUAUA